AUGUCUUCUGAAUCCCCGAACAAGUACUACAAAGUCGGGGUCCUCCUGUUUCCUGGCGCAGACAUCCUCGACUUUGCAGGCCCAAUCGAAGUCUUAUCCCAUGUCUCGCACAACCGAAACCCAGAUAGUCCGGAUAGAAUGUUCGAAAUCAAGACUAUCGCUUGCAGCCCCGCCAUUCGUGCUGCAAGUUCGCUUACAGUUUACGCAGACCUGCUUUUGCCUGAUGCGGUCGAUCAGAUUUCCGACUUUCAUAUCCUGGUUAUCCCCGGUGGCCCCCCGGCGGUGCUGCAGCCACUGACCGAAAAAAAACGCACCGGAGCUUGA